CAAAAUUCAUAAUUUUAUAUAUACCACUGGAGUACUUAGCACAAAGAGAGGGAGAGAGAGCGUGCUCUCCGGCAUUAAGCAAACCCUUGAAUAUUCUAAUGCAAUUGCCCAUGGAUUCUUUAAUUAUCUGACAGUCAAAGCCCUAGAUUAGAAGGGGACUUUUUUUACGUCCAAAAGGGUGACAUGUAAUCGGUGGUCAGCUAGCAUUUUUUAGUACUCAAAAUGAAUGGAUAUAAUUUGUUGGAGACUACACUCAGGGAUGUCCUUCAUGCGAUCAAUCCCUUGAGAGAGGAUUGGAAUGUAAGGUUUCAUAUCAUUGACGAGCUUCGAACUGUUGUUGAAUCCAUAGAAAAUCUGAGAGGUGCAACUGUGGAACCAUUUGGAUCUUUUGCAUCUAAUCUUUUCACAAGAUGGGGAGAUUUGGAUAUAUCGAUAGAGUUGACUAAUGGUUCAUAUAUUUCAUCUCCUGGGAAAAAGCACAAGCAAAGUUUGCUGGGAGAUGUACUAAAAGCUUUGGGAAGGAAAGGUGGAUGGCGUAAGCUGCAAUUCAUCUCCCAUGCUAGGGUACCCAUUGUGAAGUUUGAGGGCGGAUACAACUUCUCCUGUGAGAUUUCAAUAAACAAUUUAAGUGGUCAAAUGAAGUCAAAACUGCUAUUCUGGAUUGAUGGGAUUGAUGGACGCUUCCGUGAUCUUGUUUUACUGGUGAAAGAAUGGGCCAAAGCUCAUAAUAUUAAUGAUCCAAAAUCUGGAAGUAUGAACUCGUAUGCUCUCAGCUUGCUUGUAGUCUUCCAUCUUCAGACUUUAGAACCGGCAAUUUUACCUCCGCUUAGAGAAAUAUAUCCAGGAAAUAUGAUUGAUGACCUUACAGGUGUGAGAGCUGUUGCAGAGAAACGUAUUGAGGAGACAUGUGCAGUAAAUAUAAACAGAAUUAAAUCUGAUAGGUCGAGAUUAAUCAACAGAAGCUCUAUGUCUGAGCUCUUUAUUUCCUUCCUUGCAAAGUUUUUUGAAAUUUGUUCAAAUGCUUCUGUACAAGGCGUUAGCCCGUAUGCUGGACAGUUGGAAGACAUUAACAGCAACAUGAGAUGGUUACCCAGAACUUAUGCACUUUUUGUGGAGGAUCCCUUUGAGCAGCCAGUGAACACGGCUAGGACUGUUAGCAGUAACCAGUUGAUGAAGAUAUUGGAAGCAGUUCGGGCAACUCACCAAGUACUUGUCUCAUCCAACCAAAAUCAAACUUCUCUGGUUAUGAAUCUCGUCAGGCCACAUAUAUCACAUUUAGUGGCUAGAAUGCCAGUUAGACACCAAGCACCUGCACAAUCUAUGCCAAGAACGACACCUUCUAGUAAUCAUAGCAGAAAAGGACUCGGGACUCACCAGCAUUCUCGGAGAAAGCAGACUGAUGGACAACAUCAACAGCAGUUUCAAAACUUGAGGGUUGAUAACAGUCAAAAUGGGACAAUAGCUGGACAGGUUCAAAACACCAGGGUUGACAACCAAAAUGGGACAAUGAAUGGACAGGUUCAAAACACCAGGGUUGAUAACAGUCGAAAUGGGACAAUGAGUGGACAGGUCAAGGCAUCUCCUAGUCAAACACAGCAAGUAUGGAGGCCAAUACAUGAAAGAUGAAAUAGAUCUCGUUGGUUCUGCUUGCUGAGGUAUAAUACCAUGUGCUUGGGGCCUAGACUUAUUUGGUGACUUGUUAUUUUGAUAUUUUAUUUCGGGUUUUAAAGAAGAAAACGAUGCUAUAUGCACUUUUUUGGUGCCCAUAUCAUACAAGGAAAAAGAUAUGAUAAAUUUGCACACUUGGAAGAAGCACUCGUCCAAUCUAACUGUGAAGUUUCAUUGCUUUCCUUUCUUGUUUUUGGUUAGUUUUAAUGCUUUUCUUUAUUCCAAAGAACAUGUUAUUGAUC